AGAUACAGUGGUUCAGACUAAAGUCUGGCCAUCCCCAUUUACAGAGCAAGUGCAGGGACACAAGCGUUUCCUCUUCUGCUUUUAACGCUGCGAGAAAUCCCUCAUCUGUCACUCUUUGAACGAUUCACUGCCGAAGGAAUUCUGCUCCUACGGACAAAAGUCGAUCAUAAGUUUUCAAAAAUGGCGAAUGUUUUAAUUUUCAGCUCCUGCUUUGUGUUGAUCCUGUCCGGUGUGGAGUCGUGUUUGAUCCCGAACUAUCAGUACAUAACUGUGCCAAGUACAAUUGAAAUUGGGAGACACAUUACAACAGUUGAAACUGCCGGCUGCGACCCCAAAUCACUGGUCUUAACUUCGAGCGACACACGUUUUAAAAUAACAAGUAAUGGAGAAAUAGAAGCUGCAAGUCUUGUGUCAGUGGCAAGAGAACCGCCGACAUUUUCUGUGUGGGCUCACGACAACAGUGGGUCGAAAAGUGAGAUGGUUGUUCACCUUAUCCAAAUAAAGCCCCAAUCCCCAACCUACCUGAGGCGCUCAAAGAGACGUUGGAGUCCCCCACCCUUCAACAUAAUGGAGAAUGAUGUCGGACCUUAUCCAAAACCGAUUGAAAAGAUCGUAUCGGACUCGGAAGUCAAACAGGAAGUGUACUACAUCAUAAGUGGGCCUGGUGUCGACAGUCAUCCGGUGGGAGUGUUCUCUCUCCACCGUGAUACUGGGAUGUUGAUUGUGCACAGGCCAGUUGAUCGUGAGGAAUUCCCAAAAUUCAUAUUAAGGACCAGAGUUUUCAGCACGAAAACUAAUCAGGAGACAGACAAGUAUUUGGACAUCGAAAUAAUUGUAGAUGAUGUGAACGACAACGCUCCGACAUUCAAAGACCCACUACUAUAUACCGUGUUGGAGCAAUGCCCCACAGGGACAAUAGUGGGGAAGGUGAAUGCUCAUGACAGAGACCAAGAAGGAAGUCGCCACGUCAUGAUCAAGUAUACUCUCUUGGAUUCAUUAGAUCGGUUUGCAAUCCACCCUGCCACAGGUAUAAUCACCUCAACAACUAACACCCUGGACAGAGAGGUACAAGACAAGUAUUUGGUGACGGUACAAAUCAAAGACAUGAACGGUGCAGAUAAUGGUAUGUUCAACACAGGAACAGCAACCAUUACUGUGGGAGAUAUCAACGACAACCCACCGACUUUCACAGUACCGUCUUAUUCAGUCACUGUCAAAGAAAACGAAAUGAAACAACUUCUCACAAUUCCCGUUCAAGAUAAGGAUUUAAUAAACACGCCAAACUGCAAUGCGAUGUAUAAAAUAACUAAAGGAAAUGAAAAUGGAAAUUUCAGAAUUGAUACUGACCCCGCAACAAACGAAGGGCGUCUGUAUGUCAUAAAGCCCUUGGAUUAUGAGAAGAACUCAAAUAUGGAUAUUGAGAUUAUGGCACGUAAUGAAGCUGAGCUGACGGGCACCAAUUCCCCAUGGCUGUCCAUCCCCUUGAAUGUCAAGGUCACAAAUGAAGAUGAGGGUCCAGAAUUCUCGGCUCCUACUGUCACCUUCCACGUCAAAGAGAACACGCCGAACGGCACCGUGAUCGGAAGUUACAUAGCUCUGGAUCCCGAGAGCGGCACCAGCCGCGACAUCACGUAUCAGAAGACCUCAGACCCAGCAUCGUGGAUUAAAGUCGACAAACAUUCCGGAGAGCUGAAGGUAGCAAACACAAUUGACAGAGAGUCACACUUAGUCCAGGAUGGAAUUUACAACAUCACCAUGAAGGCUGUCGAUGGCAGCGGCAAGUCAGGAACAGGAGUUGUAAUCCUUAUUGUGGACGAUGAAAACGACAACAUUCCAAUGAUCCCCACCAGCGAGAUGGUGUUGUGCGAGAUGACGGGACAGCUCGGCUCUGUGCUGGUCGUGGCUAAAGACGACGACCACAGUCCCUUUUCUUCCCCGUUCAGCUUUAGUUUGCCGCUGGAUCACGAUGGCCAAUGGUCUUUGACAAGAGUUAAUGACACAGCAGCUACGUUGACGCAGAUCAAAGAACUUCCUACAGGAAUACACAAUGUCCCCGUGAUAGUUACAGACCUGCAGGGCGAAGGUGAAACUCAGAUGGCGAAAGUGAGGAUCUGCCAGUGCGUGAAUGCCGUCUGCCCGGCCCAGGAAAACUCUGUGUCAUUAGGGCCACUGGCUUUACUGACUAUGCUGUUGCCUCUGGCCCUCCUCCUACUGCUCGGCUUACUGCUUGCCCUUUUCUGUGCGACAAAGAAAGAGAAGAUACAACUUCCAGAUGAAGGAGACAGCGGUGGAAUCCUGCUCAAAUCAAACACGGAGGCCCCGGGGGAUGAAGUGGAUUCAAGUCUCAUCAAUAUGCCCCUUGGUGUGGCUGAACAAAUAGGGAAGGGCUCAGUUAAGGGUUCUAUGGUGAACGCAGGAUGGCAAGGAACCGUUGGCUCGCAAGGAAUCAAUGGCUUCCAAGGAAUCAAUGGCUUCCAAGGAACCAAUAGCUUCCAAGAGAAUGACAUGUAUACGACCAAUGUCAAAUCCAAUGCGCAAGACUACUAUACCAGCCAGUAUGACCAGUACGGUCAACUGCAAGGAGGUUUGGGUAGCGGAGUGGCCUAUGACAACAGAUACAUCGUGCAGGACUCAAAUCUUCAACACAACUGGCAAACACAUGGCAACUAUCUGAACAAGAAGCUGGCCUACUUCGGAACAGAGGCGGACGGACGUUACGCAGACGACUUCGUCCACUCCUACCAGUACGAGGGGGUGGGCUCUGCAGCUGGCUCUGUGGGAUGCUGCAGUGACAUUGGCGACAACAAUAACCUUGACUUCCUAAACACGCUCGGCCCAAAGUUCACAACUCUGGGAGACGUCUGCAAAAAGACAUGAACAAUGAAGCUCAAAAAUAAUGGUGUUAACUUCUCACUGUACAGGAUGUAGAGAGGGAUCGGAAUGGUUGAUGACAAAAAAAAAAGAACAAGCAAGGUGCCACCAGUGUGUGCGCACUGCUCUGCUAUCGCUUCACGUUGUUAGUUUUGGAAAAUAAUUUUUGCACUGAAAACUACGCAGAUGCAGUCCUUUGUACAUAGUUUGUGUUGUGUUUGUUUUGCCUUUUUAGAGUCUUGGUUUCCCAUCCAUUAGCUAUACCUGCUUCUCCUUGUAGAAGGUUGAGUGUUGCUUGUUUUUGCAGGGUCAUGAUGUAGUUGUAUUGAUGUAUGCAGUGAGGGGUUGUGUUUUGUUUGUUUUUAUCUGCUGUAUGCGUUACUAUUUUGGGGUAUUUUGGUUAUUUUUUUUAAUAAUCUCUUCACAGUAAAUGAUACAAUUUUGCAUGUGUGGCUGAGUUUAAAUUGCUUGCUAAAUUAUAUAGUUUUGAUAUAUUUUUUAAAGAAAAACAAAAACAAUUAAUUGCCUAAAAUGAAAUAUGACAAUAAUUAAACUGCCUUUUUUUUAUAUUUCACAUGAACAUAAUUAAUUUCAAAUGACAUGGUUAUACAUUUUUUUUUUGUUGCCGUUUUUAAACAAUAAUCUUGAUAGCUCUGCAUUAUUUUUCCAAAUCAUUCAGUAAUUAUCUGCGCAGACACAUUCCUGCUCACUUUUUAACCGUUUGAUUGAUCGGGCGUAGUUUCAGCCCCGUGUGUCAUCGAGGUCGGUGCAACAUACUGACAGUAAUCCUGUGACAGUCAGCACAAGGGCGUGAAUGUGAUGAGUGAGGUGUUACUGACACUGCUUGAAUACAACACUGACCAGACACAAGACAAACUAAAACGCAUUACAAGUAUGUCCUUGAACCUGAUCAUUUAAAGGAACCUUGACGUCGCCAUAUGUGUAUAUUAAGUUGUUGUAACGUUGCAUGUUCAUUAAAGAAAGUUUCUCUUGGUGCUACUG